AUUAAUUAAUUAAGUAAUAAAAAGUUGUUUGUUAACGUUAGCUUGCAAUUAUUUCGCAUCCCUCCAUUGUUAAAUUAAAUAAGAGCAGAGCGCUCCCCCAUUGUUAAAUUAAUCGUUAGUUCUGUAUAACUACUCUCUCUCUCUCUCUGCAUUGCUUCUUAUAGGUUUCUGCAGCACAAAGGUGAUUUUCUCGGAAAAUGUUAGCUUCAUUCCCGUUGCUAAUCUUAAUUCUGUACAUCUCCGACAACACAACCCCGGCGAGCUGUCUGAAUGACGAAGGCGUAGCUCUGUUGUCAUUCAAGCAUUUCAUCAAACACGACCCGGACGCGUCACUGAACAACUGGAACCACUCCGACGAAACCCCUUGUUCGUGGAACGGCAUCACAUGCAAACAACAAAGAGUCGUCUCCAUUAGCAUCCCAAAGAAGAAACUCUCCGGGAUUCUCUCUUCUUCCUCCUCCCUCGGAUCUCUGUCCGAACUCAGACACGUCAAUUUAAGAAACAACAACUUUUCCGGUGAAUUACCCUCCGAGCUUUUCACCGCGCGUGGACUCCAAAGUUUGGUUCUUUACGGCAAUUCCUUUUCUGGGCCUUUACCGUUUGAAAUCGGUAAUCUCAAAAACCUUCAAACAUUAAACGUAGCACAUAAUUUCCUUAAUGGGUCUUUGCCCUUAUCGUUAAUCCACUGCAAAAAGUUGAGGAAUCUUGAUCUCAGUCGAAAUAAUUUUAGUGGCUCUUUGCCUGAUGGAUUUGGGGAAAACCUGGUUUUCCUCGAAAAGCUCGAUUUGUCCUACAAUGGUUUCGGUGGUUCAAUUCCUAGUGACUUGGGCUAUCUGUCUAGUUUGCGAGAAACAUUCGAUUUGUCGCAUAAUUCGUUCAACGGUUCGAUUCCAGCCAGUCUUGGCAAUCUCCCUGAAAAAGUGUACGUUGAUCUCACCUAUAACAAAUUAACCGGUCCAAUUCCGCAAAACGGUGCUCUAGUAAAUAGAGGGCCGACAGCGUUUAUAGGUAACCCUAAUCUUUGUGGUCCUCCACUGAAAAAUCUUUGUUCUUUUAAUAGUACCGAAGAAGCAAAUUCACCUUCUCCGUUUCCUUAUUUACCCGGUAAUAUUUACUAUCGAGAAAAAGUCGGAAAUGGUGGUAGUGGAUUGAGUAAAGCUUCCAUAACCGCCAUAGUCGUGAGUGAUGUGAUUGGUGUUUGUGUUGUCGGGUUGCUUUUCUCGUACUGCUGCUCUUGUCUUAAGAAGAAGUAUGGUGGUUUUGAGAAGAGGGGUAAGAGUGGUUAUAAAAAGGAUUUUUCGUGCUUCCGGAAGGAAUACGAGUCGGAUGAUUUAUCCGAAAGUAAUGAAGAACAAUACGGUUUAGUGCCGUUGGACGAACAAGUGGCGUUCGAUUUAGAAGAGCUUUUGAAAGCGUCUGCAUUCAUGUUAGGCAAGAGCGGGAUUGGAAUAGUGUACAAGGUUGUGCUCGAGGGCGGGCCCACCUUAGCUGUCAGAAGAUUGGGCGAAGGUGGUUCGCAAAGGUUUAACGAGUUUCGGACGGAAGUUGAAGCUAUUGGAAAUAUAAGGCAUCGGAAUAUCGCAACACUUAGAGCUUAUUAUUGGUCGUUGGACGAGAAGUUGCUUAUUUACGAUUUUGUCCCUAACGGGAAUCUCUCUAAUGCAAUCCAUGGAAAAUUUAAUCUUCUAUGGUCGGCUCGAUUGAAGAUAAUGAAAGGAGUGGCAAAAGGGUUGGUUUAUUUGCACGACUAUAGUCCCAAAAAGUACGUACAUGGCGAUUUGAAGCCGUCGAAUAUUUUGCUUGGAGAAAAAAUGGAGCCGAAGAUUUCCGAUUUCGGCCUUGGGCGUCUAGCUAAUAUAGCGGGUUCGAUUUCAGAAAUUCCAAUCUUGCCCCCGGCUUCUCCUUCUAAUUCCGUCUCGUGUUAUCGAGCUCCCGAGGCGGCGAAAGGGGCAAAGCCGUCGCAGAAGUGGGAUGUUUAUUCGUACGGAGUGAUAUUAUUGGAGAUGGUAAGUGGAAGAUCGCCGUUGGAUCGAGUGGGGAACUCGGAAAUGGAUAUCGUCCGUUGGAUUGGGACGUGCAUCGAUGAGAAGAAACCGAUUUUCGAUGUGUGGGACCCGCAGUUAUUGCGAGAAUCGGAUAAAGAAGAAGAGAUUGUAGGUGUUUUGAAGAUUGCGAUUGCGUGCACGGAGAGAAGUCCAGAGAGGAGGCCUUCGAUGAGGGGUGUGUUCGAUGUACUGGAUAAACUCACACUGUCUACGUGAUUAAUUAAUAAUUACUAUAGUAUAUUUCAAUUAUUCCAUUAUUAGUCAUUCCAAAUUUAAUUUUUUAAUUUAAGUUGCAUAUAAGUGAGCACACGUGAAAGGUGUAUAAAGAUGAAAUUGCCAAUCCAACAGAAAAGUUUGAGCGUUGACUUGGCAUGACUACUGCUCUUUUAUGACUUUUAUGCAUUUAAUUAUUUUUAUCUU